CCACUAACUGACGUGAAUGGUCCAAUAAAAAGUUAUGAGAGCUUUAGUUCGAAUGAAGAUUCGGAUUCCGACAAUUCAGCACGUGGCAAUCAAAUGGUCAAUCGUCGGAUAUCAACUUCGAGUUCAAAAUCUGCGGUAUCAUGUGAAGAGAACAUUGCUAAUCCUAUUGUUCAAUCAGAAUCUUCCUCGAACUCUGAGAACUCUCACACAAAUGGUACAAAAUUCACGCAAAUUAUAAAGAACGAAAUGUCCUAUUUCCCUAAAAAAUGGGAUGAAGAAGCCAAUGAAAAUUCUUUACAGCUCUUGACGCUUGCAUCUAAUCAGGGCACGAAUCAAUUAAAACAACCAUCAGAACUCGCAACAUCCAGAAAAGAGAUAAAUCACAGUUCAUCCGGAAAGUCUGACAUUAUUUCAAGUCAGCAAGAAUCGAGUGCAUUUAAUGGUGAUCCACGACAUCAACAAUCAAUGAUUAAGUGUAAUGAUACCAAUCUGCUAAAUAUCGGUUCAACUCGACAAGAAACCGAGCUUCCUAGUGAUGAUGACCAUCCACUGCAACAAUUAUCCGAAUUAGCACUCGGACAAAGGCCGAAUUCAGAGCGAUCGCAAUACCAACCAAAGAAUUUUGAGAAUCCACCAUCACAAUCG